GGCCAACCCCUUCAUUCUGUCCUGUCUCUAUGACAACAGGACAUAAACAAAUGAGGUAUCACUGUCCCCGCUGAAGCCAUUCAGUUGCCACUUACAACAGUGCCAAGUCCAGACCUGUCGGUCAAAUAAUCACCUCAUAUUGCAAGCGACUGUGACAUCUUUCACCAUGCCCACAAAAUCCAGGAAAUCAAGGUCCCACAGUACAAGCCCGGCUAAGAAGACCAGGAGUCCAAAAACAACCAAAAAGAGAUCGUCCAGUGCCAAAUCCCCCAAGACCGAGGUGGACAUCCUCAGCCCGGCAGCCAUGGAGAAAAUCUACUACAUUGCUCACAAUGCAGUGCACUGUCUGGAGUUGACAGGCUUUGGGCCACAAUCAAAGAAGAAGAAGAAAAAGAAGAAGAAGAAGGGAACAAAACAGAAAAAGAAAAAGUAAAUUAUUUCUGCCAAACUUCAAUGAAUUUUCACCCUUUUUGGUUAAAGCGGUAGCUCCACAUAAAACCUUUUAUAGCAGCACCAUCUGGUGGACACAAGCCAGUAAAACUAGACUUCAUUUAUGAGGCAAAGACUCAAACGUCAUUAUCAAGAACUUUAUUGUAAGCUGAAUGAUUCAGAACUGUGUUUGCGCUAAUGUCAUAAAAACUUUGGCAGUCGUGGAUAAACUGGAAGCUUGUAAAGCCAAAUGUUUGAAGACAACACAGAAGACAUGUUAUCUCCUGAUGUGAAAGUAAUGAACAUCUUGUGUAAAACACCACAGUGCAUCCAAGAAAGUGCCAUCGUACUGGAUUUAAAGUGAUCCCACCAGUUUAGCUGCAAUAUUCUUUAAAUCCAAGUUUUUGCACGAUUUAUCUUUUUUU